AUGGCCACGUCGGGUUUGCAGCCGCUUUUGCUCGAAGGUCCUCAAACUAACACCGCUUCAAAACGUCAACGGGCCAAUAGUGUCGACAUCACAACAGCUUUGCAGCACGAUGACUAUACUGUUGGCUGGAUAUGCGCCCUUCCGAUUGAAAUGGCCGCCGCAGAAGCCAUGUUGGACCACCUUCAUGACGCAUUGCCUCAACAUGACUUCGACACAAAUACCUACACUCUUGGCAGCAGCAAUAGGCACAACAUAGUUAUCGCUUGCCUACCUAAAGGCCAAUAUGGAACGAAUAACGCUGUUUCCGUCUCGAAUCAUAUGGCACGGAGCUUCCCACGAAUUGCUUAUCGCUUCGUAGUUGGUAUCGGCGGUGGGGUUCCGAGUAAAGCAAUGCCUGGCAAGCAUUUCCAACGCAUUGCAACCCCAGUUCGACCUCCACAGGCACUCAUGACUGCCGUUUCAAAACUUCAAGCGAGUCACAGCAAAGGACAAAACAAUAUGAUGGCUAUCCUUCUUGAGAGCACCUCGCACAUGCCUCACUAUAAGCAUCCCAUGCUCCAAGAUCGACUGUUCCGCAGCAAGUAUACACACAUCCGUUUGGCAGACAGUUGUGAUAGCUGUGAUCUACAACAGCUUGUUCAUCGCGACUCGCGUCGCAACACUGACCCAGUGGUUCACUAUGGUCGAAUUGCAUCAGGGAAUCAGGUCAUUAAAGACAGCGUGACACGAGACCAACUCUCGGAAGAUCUUGGCUGUAUAUGCUUCGAGAUGGAAUCUGCUGGUGUUAUGGAAACUUUCCCCUGCCUUGCUAUUCGAGGCAUUUGCGACUACUCUGACUCACACAAGAACAAGGAGUGGCAGAAUUAUGCUGCUAUGGUUGCAGCGUCAUAUGUCAAAGAACUUUUGACGGCUAUUCCUAUUGCUAGCGUACGGACCCGGAAGCGGCAGAGAGUCGAAGAGUCCAAUAUUUCCAGCCCGAGGAACCCGGACAUAGACGAUUGCCUAAGAACGUUAGUUGCCACUGAUGCAGCACAGGACCGCCAGGAUAUUCUUGACGCAAAAGGCGACAUUUGUAAAGGGACUUGUGAGUGGAUAUUCUCAACAAAACAAUUCAAGGCAUGGCAACGAGAACCAUCUCAUCUCUUAUGGAUAUCUGGGCCACCGGGUAUGGGCAAGACCUACUUGGCCAUUUUCCUUUCGAAACACUUUGAACGUAUCUCCAAUGAACUACCUGGAACAAAGACUGUCUUCUUUUUCUGCGAUAACCAGCAUGAAACCAGGAGUACUGCGGUAAACAUCCUUCGAGGGUUGUUAGAUCAACUGAUCUCAUUCCGCCGAGAUCUUGUCUACACAAUCAUGCCGUACUGGUACCAAAGGUCUUCACAGUUAUUUGAGGACAGCUCUUUUAGCAUCUUGUGGAGGCUGCUUGAAGAAAUGGUGGAAAGGUCGGGGCUCAAUGUCCUUUACUGUGUGAUCGACGCUCUGGAGGAGUGUGAAGAGAGCUCACUGAUCAUGCUCCUACGCAAGCUGGAGAGACAUAGUAAAGGGACCACAACAGAGUCGACAAAGAUCAAAUUCGUUUGCUUGAGUAGGCGGUUUCCAGAGCGCAUUGGGGAGCAUUUUUUGGAUUGUAUUCAAAUCGAUUUGGUGACCACGAGGUCAAGAAAGCAAGACAUCAACUGUUUCAUAUCCCAUCGUGUUCGUGAUCUCGCCCGAAAGAAGAACUUCAGUAAUGAGUUACAGAGAAGGGUGGAACAAAUCUUCCAACAGAGGUCCGAGGAAACAUUUCUCUGGGUCAGUUUUAUGACAAUGGAUCUGGAACAAAAGCGUCUUAUGGACAUUGAGGCCUCACUUGAAAUGCUUCCCAGUGGGCUCGAUGCCGUUUACGAUAAGAUUAUAUCCCGGAUUGACCAGAGUCAUUUGGAUAGUGUCGUCAGACUGCUUAAUUGGGUCCUCAUUGCUACCCGACCCCUCAGGAUACCCGAGCUCUGCGAAAUACUUGACGUAACGCCUACGCCUCUACUCUCGCGCGAGAUCGUUUGUCUCGAAUUGAUCAAAUUGUGUGGACAUUUACUUCGAGUGUCUUUGAACAGAACUGGAUCCGACUUUCCAUUUCGAGACAAGCAGUCACGUCUUAGGACUGAAUCCAGAUUUGGGCUUCUGUCUCCAACUGGUUUUCGAUCAAGGCCUUUGAACGACCAAGCUUCGGGCCUUGAAGUGCUUGCUGCUGAAGGUGGAUCCAAAAUGCCUCAUUUUGGUUUUCGAGAGCCGAUAUGCAGUGAAAGAACAACCGGCAACACCCUAGAUGAUGAUGAUAUCGACUAUUGGUCACUCGAAGUGACCUUCCUUCACCAAAGCGCAAAAGACUAUCUUACCAAACGGAAGAUGUUAUCUCCUCUAAGGACGUAUGACUUUUGUAUCCCAGGUCUAAAUCAGCUUGCGACAAGCCUGCUCACUCGGUACAUCGAAAACGUCAGCUGUUACUCGGCCAAUCGUAACACUGAACAGACCAAGGUUCUUCAGAUAAUGGAGAGGCUUCCUCUAGCUUCCUACGCUAUCGAAAAUUGGCACCACCAUGCAAGGGAAUGCAAUGAUAUUUCACCGGUUAUUCGGCAAGAUUCAGGGUUUUUCAAUGAAGUCUCAGAAUCUCGAGCGCUAUGGCAGCGAUUAUGCACCAGUGUGGCAUGGCGAUUUCAAGGCUCGUCGACAAUCCCUCUACUCCAUCUAUCUUGCAUCAUUGGACUCGAAAGCCUAGCUGUUUGGUGCGUGGAAAGACAUCAAACCUUUAGGCUUGACAUGAGGUGGGGCGGUCAAGGAAAGACACCACUUCAUGAAGCCUGCAAGUUCAAGCAUGAAGCCAUUGCCAAUAUCCUGCUUAAUGCUGGCGCUGAUGCACUUAUUAUGGACAAACACAACUGCACUUCUAUCCACUAUGCUGUCCAAAAAUGUAGCCGAGAACUUUUGAGCCGCAUGGCUCUACAGAAACCUUGUGCAAAGUGGUUGAGACAACAGGCAGAUGACUCCGAUAGUUGUUUGUUAUCCGACGCUGCGGGAUACGGGAAUGAGGGUACAUGCCGCUUUUUACUCGAAGAAUUUGCAUGGGACGUGAACAGAAAAGAGCCAAGGUUGUCUCUUGACGAUACGCCAGUCAUGUCUGCCUUGGUGAAUGGACAUUUCAAGCUCGCUCGCAUAUUAAUCUCCGAUUGGCAAGCACAUUUCGAAGAUUGGAGAGCUUUGAAUGGCACUGUCAAGGCAUUCUCUCGUGGCACGACUGAGAAAAUGAUUCGAUUUCUGAUCAGCGACUGUUUCGUUGAUAUCAAUGCAACAGACCCAGCGGGUCACAGUAUCCUACCUCGGCUGCUGCAUAAGCGAGCCUGA